UUCAGGUCGUUUUGAAUUAUGAGAAUUUAAAGGCUGAAACACUUAAUUGAAAACUUAACAAACAUAUGUAAUUGUAAUAGAAUUGUUAAAGAUGAAUGACACUCGAAAUAUUACAUCAUAUAGAAAACAUACAUGUUUACGAAGGAAGCUGUAGCCAGCGUGAGAUGAUCGGGACACACAUUUCCUUCCACCAAUCACAAACGGCCAUAUACUGUUGUUGUGACGCCCAAGCCACCACCUCUGUACAAGCUGUGGCUCACCUACCCAUCCUGAUGGCGCUUCUCCAGCUGUGUGCCCUCGUGGGGCUCAUGUACAUGGGCGUGGGUGUGGCAGGCUUGGCAGACGAGCAGUGCCACACCUUCGCUGGAGGAGCCGUCUACCCUAACACCGAGGGCCGGGCAUCUGGGCACAACCUCCAGUGGACCAAAGCCAUGAUAAGCAGGCCUGCACCAGCAUGGGAAGGUACUGCUGUAAUUGACGGCCAGUUUCAAGAGUUGAAGCUCUCCGAUUUCCGUGGCAAAUACCUAGUCUUCUUCUUCUACCCAUUAGACUUUACAUUUGUGUGUCCAACUGAGAUUUUGGCUUUUAAUGAUCGAGUGGAAGAGUUUCGGAAGUUAAACACUGAAGUAAUAGCCUGUUCAAUCGACUCUCACUUCACUCACCUUGCUUGGACUAACACAGCACGUAAGGAUGGUGGUUUGGGCAAGUUGAAGAUACCUCUACUCUCUGAUAUUACACACAAGAUUUCCAAAGAUUAUGGGGUUUACUUGGAAGACCAAGGUAUUGCUCUCAGGGGUCUAUUCAUUAUUGAUGACAAGGGUGUACUGCGUCAAAUUACCAUGAAUGAUCUACCCGUUGGCCGAUCUGUGGAUGAAACUCUCCGCCUAGUGCAAGCUUUCCAGUUUACAGAUGAACACGGGGAAGUGUGUCCUGCUGGCUGGAAACCUGGCGAUGAUACAAUCAUCCCCAACCCGCAAGAGAAACUCAAGUAUUUUAAGAAGGCUAACCGGCAGUAGUGUAUCCUCAGGGCAGCAGUAUUUAUGAAGAGUGUACCUGCAGAGCGAGAGAAAUUGCCAGGUUUUGCAUUUUUUGUCCCCCUACACUGGACAAGAUGUUAUAAACUGGAAGCAGUUUUACUUGGUGGUACACGUUAGUCAAGCGCUCAUUAGAUCAGUGUAGCUAAUUUAUAACAGUUGAUGAAAUGGUACCUUAACACAUGUUAGUUACGAAAUGCAAUAAAAUAAUGAUCGAGUCAAAGAUGGUGGUGUAUUAAGGUAACAUGAUAGUGAAUGUUACUGAUCAUCACAAAGUAGAGGUCAGCAUGAACUAUGACCUGACUGAAAGCAUGUGAGACAUUUGUUUAGAUUAACUUAAAGAAGGUCAGUGUGGCCUUUCUCUUGAUUUAUUGAGAAUGAUGAUGAUGAUGAUAUACAGCUGCUUUUGAUGAUAUAUAUGAGACUGAAUAUUCCAGUCAGAGCUGGAAAGUUCAGGUAUAAACACAUGACAAAUAAUUGGGAAGCUAAACAUAAAAUUUCAUUGGAAUAGGAAGUCUCAUUUCCUAAAUAAACAGAAGUACAAUAUUUGUAUUGUCAGGCUUCUACUGGAGUAUCAGAGGAAGAUAUUGUUAGUAUAGAGAUUCCAGUUAUCUUUGCUGUUUACUAACUAGAAUCAUAUUUUGCAUUCCUUUAAUUAAAAUGGUUUUACUGCUGGGCAUUCCAUGACAGACAGUGAAGAGCUUGAAAUAUUAUGUUGAGACAUCUGAAUAUACUUUUUUUAAAUUAUGUAAAAUGUGUAAACAAAAUUUACAUAGCAACAAUAUGAUCUUUUAGAUCAAGGGUUAUGAAAUGGAAGUUAGUGUACCCACCUCAAGGGUACACGGGAUAGUUUCCAGGGUACACGUGAAGGAUUGGAAAACAAUUUGUAGAGGAAUAAUGACAGAUGAAUUCAUCAGUUGACCAAACCACACACACACUAGAAAGUGAAAGGAUGACGACGUUUCGGUCCGUCCUGGACCAUUCUCAAGUCGAUUGACUUGAGAAUGGUCCAGGACGGACCGAAACGUCGUCGUCCCUUCACUUUCUAGUGUGUGUGGUUUGGUCAACAUAUUUCAGCCACGUUAUUGUGACUCCUUGUCUGCAUAUGAAUUCUCAUUCCCUCUAAUUCCCUCUAAUACGUGUCAAUGGCCUGAUAACUUUAGAGGGUACCUGGUGAGAAAAUGCUGGAUUACCCUUUGGUUUAGACUAUCUUAAUUUGUAAUUUUUACAUUCCUCUGCUCCAGAAAUAUAUAUUUCAAUAUACUUGAAGAAGUCUCAUGUUUGCUCUUUUUAUUAAUAAAUAAUAGGUCUUGUCUUCCAUUAUGUCAAGUGAUCAUACAUUAUCUUGUUUAAUACAAAUAUUGAACGGUAUUAAUGUGUGCGAGUGUUAUUAAAAGGUGAUGGUCCACUGGGUGUUUUGGAAUUUGUCGUUUUGUGUUGCGGUAUUCUGGACAAAGAGAUUGAGCUGCUACAUUCAUAUUUAUCGACUAACUGUUUUCUGCAUUGUUCCCGACAUUUUAACAGUGGGAGCAUGUCUCGGAGAACACGUGUGUCUACCGAAUAUUUAAAGUAUCAACAAUGAAGAGCAUGUUACUGUUGUUAAACUUAUUUUAUUAUGUUGAUUUGGCUAUUGACUUUCUUAGAUAAAUUUGAUACAGUUUGUCUCGAGGUUAAUAACAA